AUGCCAAAGAGGAGGAGGAGUACCGAGAAGAGUAAAAAGACGAUAAAGUUGGUUUGUAAAGAAAAAGGACCUCACAAACUUCAUAAAGAAGAAAAAAUGACAAAAGAUGAGGAAAUUGCAAUGAAGGAGUACUUAACAAAGCAAAAGCAAUAUUUUGACGACGUUGACAACUUUCGACUGACGGUCACAGAGGAAGACAAAAAGUCUACAGUGACUUCAACGACAGAGGACACUUCCCUUAUGUUUGAUAGACCAAGCAUAGGAACUUCUAUUAAUCCACUCACAAGAGAAAGUAUUUCUAUUAUUCCUAAAGUCGACGACUUCGAAAAAUCAGAAGAUUCUUUCAUUCACAGAGCAGAUAUCAAUUUCAUUCCACCUUUAAAGGAAAACGAUAAUUUGCACGAGGAGCUUAAAUACAUCACACAGAAAUAA